GGGGUCACCUGUGGGUAAUCAUUGAUCCGCUGCAGUUUGAGAGUAUAAAGGAGGCAGGGUCCUCAGUUUGCUCUACUUUCAUUGUCUGCCAUCAUGUCUUUCACUGGAAAAUACCAGCUGGAGUCUCAGGAGAACUUUGAGCCUUUUAUGAAGGCGCUUGGUAUUCCUGAUGACCUCAUCCAGAAAGGAAAAGACCUUAAGAGCAUCUCUGAAAUUGAGGAGGCUGGCGACAACUUUAAGGUGACGAUCACCACUGGCUCAAACGUCAUUACUAAUUCCUUCACUAUCGGACAGGAGACGGAGCUGCAAUCCAUAACUGGAGAGAAAAUCAAAGGAGUGGUGCAUCGGGAAGGCAACAAGCUGAAAGUUUUUCUCAAAGGAAUUGAAUCGACCACAGAACUGGUGGAUGCCAACACUAUUGUAAAUACGAUGGCUGCUGGUGGCAAUGUUUACAAGAGGACAAGCAAGCGCAUGUAACUGUUCACAUUUGGGAUAAUAAAACCCUGAAGGCAAAAA